UCUCCGCUUAAUCCGCCGGCUCCGUUCCAAACAAGACGCGUGAAACUGAGAGUCCCAAUUAAUUAGUCAGCUAAAGUUUCUCGUCACGACUUCUUCAAUUCCAUCUGGGAUAAUUCUGAAGAGCUAGUUUGAUCCGUUGCUCGCUAAAAAAUCCGAGCAUAUAUGCGUUACGUCAGGAAGGCUAGCAGCAAGAUUAUACAGCUGCAAUUUCGUACCUUUCUACCAACUACACGACAUCACUAGCGCCUUAGACCAUCAUUUUCAUAUUUUUCUUUGUAUAUCUUCUUCUCUUCUUUUUCUUAUUCUUCCAUCUUGGGAAGGUGGACUACGUUUGGGUUAUCUAGAAGUUGUUAACAGCUCCUGAAAAAUGAGGUCGCGUGUUUUGGUACUAUUCUUCUGUCUGGCGAUUUCUUCAGCAGAACAGCGGCCAUCCGCAGAGACAAAAGAAGAAUGCAUAGAAAACCAUCCUGUCCUUCUCUACUAUUUUUCAUGGGCCGACUAUAUGGUGUUGGCUGCUAUGUUGGUAAUCUCAUGCCUAAUAGGUACUUUCUAUGGUUUCUUCGCUAAGAAGCAGGAAACUAGCCAGGACUUCCUGCUUGGUGGCUCAAGCAUGGGAACGUUGCCUAUGGCGAUGUCACUGGCUGCUAGUUUUAUUACGGCUAUUGAACUUCUGGGAAAUCCUGCCGAAAUGUAUGAACAGGGUACUCAAUUCUGGAUGACAUGUCUGUCUUUUAUUUUGGUUGUACCCAUUACCUCCUGCCUAUACCUGCCGGUUUACAUGAAACUAAGAUUAACCUCGAGCUAUGAGUAUCUUAAUCUUCGUUUCAACCGGCAUUGCAGACUACUUGCCGGAGGUCUUUACAUGCUGCAGAUGAUCUUCUAUACAUCUGUAGCUGUAUAUGCGCCAGCGUUAGCUUUAAGUCACGUCACGGGCCUCAAUACUUACAUAGCCGUCACUCUAGUCUACGUAGUCUGUAUCUUCUACGCCUCACAGGGUGGAAUGAAGGCCGUCAUAAUGACGGACACCUUCCAAGCAGCGGUGCUCCUCGGCUCCCUCUUCCUAAUCGUUGGAUGUGGUCUUUCUUGGGAAGGAGGACCUUCCUUAGUAUGGCAAGUCAACGAACAAUCUGGAAGAAUGGAAUUCUUUAACAUGGACCCCAGUCCAACUGUCCGACAUAGCUUCUGGAGCGUGGUAAUUGGUGGGACCAUUUACUGGACCAGCAUGUUCUGUAGCAAUCAAGCUUCCGUCCAAAAGUACCUUAGCGUCGAAAACAUUGGUCAAGUUAGAACAGCCUUAUGGGUAUCAGCUUUUGGUAUGAUUAUAAUAUAUACCGUAAACUUCUUGACUGGUAUGGUGCUCUAUAGCACUUACAAAGACUGUGAUCCUCUACUAGCUGGCUAUAUAAGUGGCCAGGAUCAAUUGUUGCCACUAUACGUCAUGAAUUUCAUGGGUAGUCUCAAGGGAGUGCCUGGUUUUUUUGUUGCUGGGAUCUUCGCUGCCUCAUUGGGAACUGUGGCAAGUGCUCUGAAUUCCCUGGCGGCCAUAACUUGUGAAGACAUUCUCCAAGGGGUACUCAAGAUGGAAAUGCCAGCCAGGAAGGGUGCAAUUUAUGCUAGGUGGAUUAGUAUCUUUUUUGGAGCGCUUAGUUUCACUUUGGUUUUUGUCGUAGAACGACUUGGCAGCGUUCUUCAGGUCGCACUUUCGUUCAAUGGCAUGGUCGGGGGUAUUACCCUGGGAUUAUUUUCUUUGGGAAUGUUUAUUCCAUGGGCAAAUGCCAAAGGAGCAAUUGUUGGUGCCAUCACCAGUAUGGUAAUUGUCCUUUGGAUUGGCCUGGGAGCUCAAAUUGCUUUACUAAAUGGUCAAAUUCACCUAGACAACAAGCCAGUGUCAGUCGAUGCUUGCCCAUGCAUUAACAUUACAGACAUAAACCUAAAACAAUCAAAUGACUACAAUGAUGAAGUUUACUCCAUAUAUAAGAUCAGUUAUCUAUGGUACAGUGGAAUAGGUUGCAUCCUGACAAUGUUGGUAGGCGUGAUUGUGAGCUGUUUUACAGGUUUUCAGAACUCAGCAGACCUCGACCAGAACCUCCUGAGUCCACCCAUUGCUUCUUUGUUGUGUAUGAAAACAAAACCAUGUGCCAAUAAUGUCCAUGGUAUCACAAACUUUGGUCUGGAGUUGGACGAUGAAAAAUCUCAGGUGGAAAAUACUAAAAGUCCAAAGAUAUGAAGAAUAAUACCUAUUAGUACAUUUAGGGAAGAUUUUAGGAACUGAAACUUCCUCUUGAGAUUAUAGGAUUAUGAGAGCAAUCAGAUUAUUUUAGAGAGUUAUGGGAAUAUUCCAAAGAAUUUGUCCAAAAGGCAGCAGUUCCUAAUUGCAACAGUAUAUUCUCUAUUUUUAUUUCUUUAAGGUUGUUUUCUAUAGUCAGUUAGGGAAGAUCUGCGCUGACUGCACUAGAAAAGUCUACGUGUUAGUUUUUAACAAAAGAAACUUGCUAAAUAGCAAAAUGAUAAGUGCAGAAAUGAUUAGAACACUUUUGAGAAUUAAUUUUGUUGUCUCUUGCUAAGGUUUCAUAAUUCAUUAUAAGUUUGCAAAGUACAAUCAUAGAUUGCUUCAUUCUGAUUAUGGUGCUUACAUAAGGCUCGAAGAGAAGAAGAACAACUAAAAUAUUGACUAUUAAGAAGUACUUCUACCUUGACAACUGAAGAAUAGAUGAGAAGAUUCUGAAUUACAAACUUAAAGUUUUGAAACCUAAACAGGACAGAGUGAAGCAUUACAAACAGACAAGCCAAAGUAACAAAACUCUUUCAAAGAGAUUCAAUUAAGAAUACUUUUUAGAGUAUGAAGUAUCUUACUUUUUAUACUUUUAGUGUAUCAUGAAGAAGAUAGUAUUUAAAAAAUAUUGAUGAAGAAAAAAAAUCUUAGUAGCUUAGAGAAGGACCAUGGAUACUUACAUACUUAAGGAUACUCAGAGAAGACUCCUUGCCAGGAGACGACUCGGGAUUGUGUAGAAUAGCGUAUUUAUGGCAGUAAUUAUUGAUAUAGUACUUACUUUAAAUUGUGAAUUUCAACCAUUCCUGAGCAAGAAACCUCCUCGCGGGCGGUUGCAAUAAUUAAAAAUUAAUCACUAGGAAAUUCUAUCUGUAAGUUUUUAUCAUGUUUAAAGAAAUACAUUAUUCUAUUAUUUUUAUUUUUAUAUUCAUACUUUUAAUGUAAGUGGAGGCAACUGUUAUUUUACAUUUGAAGAAUCUUCUUCGUUUUAAUAUGAAAAGAUUAUUUACUUUUUAAAAGUAAAAUUUUCCAGUUGAUGUUUUAUCAGUAUGUUAAAGGUUUAACGAGUGUAAUUUUUUCUUUUCUUUCGUAAAGAAAAGAAUUUUUAUACUUUUCUUCAUCUCUUCAAGCACCAAUCCCGCCCUGAGAAGCUUCUACCGCGUGAAACGUCAACGAUUCGUUUAGGAAUCUUCUUUUUGACGCCUUGUUAACUCUGGAAUGGUUUUUCUCCUCUUCUUUUUUAUUCUUCGCUUUUUCUUCUCUUCUUUUUUUAUAUUGUGGAGAUGAAAAAUCAUUCUUUCACUUGACUGCGGAUCUGUACUUCGUUUCUUCCGAGUAUUUAAGUAGCUGAGAAUAUACGUGAAUAUAUUUUAAGUAAGUUUCUUCAUUAUUAGAUAAAGUAUUUGAAUAUGAAUAUUUGUGUAUAUAAGAAGAGAAAUGUAUUGGGUAGCUUUGUUACA